AUGAAGCGAGACAACAUGGCUGCCACCACGUGCACCUGGCCCGCAAGGAAUGCGGUGCUCGAAGCUAAACUAGACGAGCUGUUCGCCAGGUUCUGGACGAAGCUGGCAUCCAGGGAGCAACAGGCAGGCACAAACACACCUGCACAGCAGCUGACACUCACCCGCACAGAUCCGGCACCACCGCGAGCUCCAGCAACACACAAGAUGAGCCACAGCCAGCAGACACGUGGAGCCUACGGGCCGAAGCGACAGCAACUGCCAACAGCAUUGGCAAACCACAAAACCCACACGGUGAACUCUACUCAACAUCCAAAGCACCCACAGACGACGCUGAGGAGACAGCACGGGCCGCACCAAAACCCAUAUGCCGAAUAG